AACAUGUCCAUAGUAUCUACAUAGUACUUAUUCUCCAACGCCCGAGCAUUUAAUAUAUAUACCAUGAAAGCCCAGCAUCAGCAGAUUAUUCCGGGACCAAUCCAAGCAUCUCGGUCACAAUAUCUACCUUAAAUGACCUCUAGUCCAUCAAUAACGACGAACAAAACCAAACCAUGUCGAAACCCAUCCUCAUCGUCGGCGCGGGCCUCGGGGGCCUCGCCCUCGCGCAAGGCCUCAAGAAGAACAACAUCCCCGUCCAGAUCUACGAGCGAGACGCCAAGCAAGAUUUCCGCGCCCAGGGCUACCGGCUGCGCAUCGGGACCGAGGGCAUCCUUGCCCUCCGGGCCACGCUGACCCCGGAAUUGUUCGGCCUGUUCGAGGCAACCUGCGCGGAGAACGGGCUGCUAUCCGGCGGUGCCAGGCUUGAUGCUUUGUCCGGGAGGGCUUUGAUCCAGCAAGUAGGCGGCGGCGGCGGCGGUGGUGGUGGUGCUGGAAGAGGCCUUCCCAUCCAAGCCCACGGCUCUCUGAAGCCGUACACCGUUGACCGCGGGGUACUGCGCGAGGUGCUCAUGACCGAUCUGGAUGACGAAAUACACUUUGGGAAGCGGUUUACGCACUACGAUGUCCGCCAAGGGAAGAAUGGGGAGGAGAGUAGCGAGAGCACUGGAGUGAUCGCGUUCUUCGACGACGGGACCUCGGAGGAAGGCGCCUUGCUCGUCGGCGCGGACGGACUACGAUCGCAAGUGCGCAAGCAGCUCCUGUCGCCGUCCUACCCGUUCUUGGACACGGGCAUGCGGAUCGUGUACGGCAAAACCUACAUCACGCCAGAGUUUGAACAGCGCUUUGCGCGAGAGGCCAUGGGGGGAAUGUCCCUGGUCACCGAGAGGGAGACGGAGGCGCCGAAGACGCUGCUGCUGGAAGCCAUUCGGUUCCCGCAGGCGGAUACGCCAGUGCGCGGGAUCCAAUUGCCGAGGGAUUAUGUGUACUGGGUCUUACUGGCGCAUAAAAAUGAUAUCCCGUUGGGAGAUGAGGAGGCGUUGAGGUUGGACGGGGACGGGUCGGCGAGGUUGUCAUUGGAGCUUACGGCGGAAUGGGAUGCGUCUGUGAGGGUCUUGUUCGAGGAACAGGAUCGGAACCAAACAUCCACGUUGAGGAUCUGUUCUGUGAGGCCGGAUGUCCCGGCCUGGAACGCACAUGCGACGGUGACGCUUCUCGGAGAUGCGAUCCAUGCCAUGCCUCCAACUGGCGGCAUGGGCGUAAACACUGCACUGCGCGACGCGGAGGAUAUAGUGCGGAGGAUUGUUGAAGUGAAUGGGUCAAGAGGUGUGGAUGUGGAUCUGGUCGCAGGGUAUGAGGAGAGUUUAAGGAAAUUUGCGAGGGAAGCAGUCAGACUCAGUUGGGAAGGAGGACGAAGAGGAUUCGACUUGAGACCAGCUGAGACAUGUGAGGAAAUAGUUUUGUGAGAUAGUUGUUUUCUGAAGGGGACGAGGGAAGGUGUUGGCUGUGGGUUGGUGGCAGGUUGGCUAUGCAUGUAUUGAUCUCUCCUCACAUACACAGCGCAUAUUCCAGCAAUAUUCUCUGGCUCCUCGUUGACAGGAGAGCAUGCAGUAGUUGCAGUAGUUGCCCAUGGCAAGUAAUAUAGAAAGUGG